CGCCGUCUCGGCUCGUGCCGGGGACCCCGUGCCAGCUCCCGGGCGGUCCUCCGCGCAGCAGGAGCCAUGCAGACCGUCCCGCUGGCGAUCUAGACCCCCUCGCCGCCCCCCUCGGCCCUGCCCUUCCACUCCCGAGGCCCUUGAAGACGGGCGGUGGCUGCCCAGAGGUGCUCGGCGACACCUUCCUUCGCCCCGAAAGGACCUUCCUGGCCGCACGGAACCGACCGUUCCUUCAUGCUGCAGUGCUGCAACGUUUCCGCCACCGAGGGGGAAAAGCGGCCGAGAUCCCAAACAAAACACAAGAACUGGCGUGUGACUCAUCUGCUUGGAUACCUCCAGCCCCCAAACUGUCUUCCAGGAGUUUUCUUGGCCGAAGCUGUCUGAUGUUCGAGCCUUCUCUUCCCAGGGAAGAAGAUGGACUGAAAGCUGCCAGUUGGGGACUUUGUGCGAUCAGGGCGCUGCUGAGUUUUAAAGGAGGUGAUGGGGCUUGCGCUGGCUUGUCUUCCCACUCAAGUGAAGAGUUGUUGAUGUUCACUGGUUAUGCUUAGACAAUGCGCAGUUUGUUUUAAUUUAAAAUUUUGGGGGGGAUAGGAAGAUAGGCUUGUGAAGGGCAGUCCGGAUCCGGUGGAACUCCUCUUUGUCCUCUGGUAGGAGAGACACCCCCCAGUCUGUCCUCGAUGCCGUCAGCCUUGGCCAUCUUCACUUGCCGCCCGAACUCGCACCCGUUUCAGGAGCGCCAUGUCUAUCUGGACGAGCCUAUUAAAAUCGGCCGCUCCGUGGCCCGCUGUCGACCGGCGCAGAAUAAUGCUACCUUUGAUUGCAAAGUGCUGUCAAGGAACCAUGCUCUCGUCUGGUUUGAUCACAAGACGGGCAAGUUUUAUCUCCAAGACACUAAAAGUAGUAACGGUACCUUUAUAAAUAGCCAGAGAUUGAGUCGAGGCUCUGAAGAAAGUCCACCAUGUGAAAUUCUUUCUGGUGAUAUUAUCCAGUUUGGGGUAGAUGUAACGGAGAACACACGGAAAGGUACGGUUACCCAUGGAUGUAUUGUUUCCACAAUAAAACUUUUUCUACCAGAUGGUAUGGAAGCCCGGCUCCGCUCAGAUGUCAUCCAUGCUCCAUUACCAAGUCCUGUUGACAAAGUUGCUGCUAACACUCCAAGUAUGUACUCUCAGGAACUAUUCCAGCUUUCUCAGUAUCUACAGGAGGCCUUACAUCGGGAACAGAUGUUGGAACAGAAGUUAGCCACACUUCAGCGGCUACUAGCCAUUACCCAAGAGGCUUCAGAUACCAGUUGGCAGGCUUUAAUAGAUGAAGAUAGACUUUUAUCACGGUUAGAAGUUAUGGGAAACCAAUUACAAGCAUGCUCCAAAAAUCAAACAGAAGAUAGUUUACGGAAGGAACUUAUAGCAUUACAGGAGGAUAAACACAACUACGAGACGACAGCCAAAGAGUCCCUGAGGCGGGUUCUUCAGGAGAAAAUUGAAGUGGUUAGAAAACUUUCAGAAGUUGAGCGAAGUCUGAGUAAUACUGAAGAUGAAUGUACCCAUCUGAAAGAAAUGAAUGAACGGACUCAGGAAGAGUUAAGAGAAUUAGCCAAUAAAUAUAAUGGAGCAGUUAAUGAGAUUAAAGAUUUAUCUGAUAAAUUAAAGGUAGCAGAGGGAAAACAAGAAGAAAUCCAACAGAAGGGACAAGCUGAGAAAAAAGAAUUACAACAUAAAAUAGAUGAAAUGGAAGAAAAAGAACAGGAGCUCCAGGCAAAAAUAGAAGCUUUGCAAGCUGAUAAUGACUUCACCAAUGAAAGGCUAACAGCUUUACAAGUACGGUUAGAACAUCUUCAGGAGAAAACUCUUAAAGAAUGCAGCAGUUUAGGGAUACAAGUUGAUGACUUCUUACCUAAAAUAAAUGGGAGCACAGAAAAAGAGCACUUGCUUUCAAAGAGUGGCGGGGACUGCACUUUUAUUCAUCAAUUCAUAGAAUGCCAGAAGAAGCUGAUCGUCGAGGGGCAUCUAACCAAAGUGGUAGAAGAAACAAAGCUUUCAAAAGGUUCGUUUUCUCUGGGUUUUCUGUGGGUUUUGACAACUCUUUUGGAUAAUGGAGAAAACCAGGCAAGAGCAAAAGAAUCUGAUUUGUCAGAUACUCUGAGUCCAAGCAAGGAAAAAAGUAGUGACGACACUACAGACGCCCAAAUGGAUGAGCAAGACCUAAAUGAACCUCUUGCUAAAGUGUCCCUAUUAAAAGAUGACUUGCAGGGUGCACAGUCAGAAAUUGAGGCAAAACAAGAAAUUCAGCAUCUUCGCAAGGAAUUGAUUGAAGCCCAGGAACUAGCUAGAGCAAGUAAACAAAAAUGCUUUGAACUUCAAGCUCUUUUGGAAGAAGAAAGAAAAGCCUAUCGAAAUCAAGUUGAGGAAUCCAGUAAACAAAUACAGGUUCUUCAAGCCCAACUACAGAGGUUACACAUCAAUAUUGAGAAUCUCCGGGAGGAGAAGGACAGUGAAAUUACAAGCACUCGAGAUGAACUGCUUAGUGCCCGAGAUGAAAUUUUGCUCCUUCAUCAAGCAGCAGAAAAGGCUGCCUCUGAGCGGGACACUGACAUUGCCUCAUUACAAGAAGAGCUUAAGAAGGUGCGAGGUGAGCUUGAGCGGUGGCGGAAAGCAGCAUCUGAAUAUGAGAAAGAAAUCACGAGUCUGCAGAAUAGUUUUCAGCUUCGAUGUCAGCAGUGUGAGGACCAGCAGAGAGAGGAAGCAACAAGGCUACAAAGUGAACUAGAGAAGUUGAGAAAGGAAUGGAAUGUAUUGGAAACCGAAUGCCAUUCUCUAAAAAAGGAAAAUGUUUUGUUAUCAUCAGAACUGCAGCGGCAAGAAAAAGAAUUGCACAAUUCUCAGAAGCAGAGUUUAGAGCUUACCAGUGAUCUCAGCAUCCUUCAGAUGACUAGGAAAGAGCUUGAGAAUCAAGUGGGAUCCUUGAAAGAACAGCAUCUUCGGGAUUCAGCUGAUUUAAAAACUCUUCUCAGUAAGGCUGAAAACCAAGCAAAGGAUGUACAGAAAGAGUAUGAAAAGACACAGACUGUACUCUCAGAACUGAAGUUGAAGUUUGAAAUGACUGAGCAGGAAAAACAAUCAAUCACAGAUGAGCUCAAACAAUGUAAAGACAACCUGAAGCUGCUCCGAGAAAAAGGAAAUAAUCCUUCCAUAUUACAACCCGUCCCAGCCGUAUUCAUCGGCCUAUUCCUGGCUUUCCUGUUUUGGUGUUUCGGUCCAUUGUGGUAGAGAAAGAAACCCUGGCCCUGGAUGCCCAUGUUGGCUGCCCUGGUUGCGGUGACAGCCAUCGUGCUGUACGUGCCAGGUCUGGCCAGAGCUUCUCCAUGAGAGCGUUUCUUGAGUCCGUACACCGUCCUCCCUUUAGAAGCUGGCAUCACACUCAUGCUGGGGACAAACAGAACCAUUUUCUUCCUUUUUACCUCUUAAGACAGCAGAAGUGCAAGAAUACAGCUAUAGGGUCAUUGCUUUAAAUUAUAUAAAAUGUAUCUAUAAAGAGGAUAUAAAAUUGUGACUUUAUUCUACUGUAAGCAAUAAUUUGCUUGCAAUUUUUCAUGUAAUUUUUAAAUUAGUAUGUUGAGAUUCUGAAUAUUAUGGUGGCCUAAAGUAGGCUUCUUGGUACACCAAAUUAUUUAUAACAUUAAAUUUAUGGGUAUUUUACUCUGAAUUCUAAUGACCAGAUAAUUCAUUUUUCUGAUUCGAUAACUACCCAAAUCAAACAACCAAUACAUACAUGGGAAGAGAGGCCCUGUGUGCUCAGUGCCUAUCAGUUUGAAAUAUAUACACAUAUAUAUAUAUUUUUUACAUAUUUACGCCAUUUUUACUUGUUAUAAAACCACUGAGCUAUUGGGAACAAGACUUAGAGACAACUAUUUGCGUGGAUUUUCUUUCUUUCUUCUUCCUUUCUUUCUUUCUUUCUUUCUUUCUUUCUUUCUUUCUUUCUUUCUUUUUAAGGAGAAAUACACUUGGAAAAUAUUCUGUUCUAGUGAUAAUUUGGGGAAUAUGUGCACGCUUGUUCAGCCUUAAUGUGACUUGACAAUGUGGAGGACAUCAACUUUGAAAAACUUUCCAUGAGAGUGUGUAUUUUCUUGAGCAAACUGAAGUAUUUCUGGGAGCAAAAACAGUAAUUCUACAAUUUCAGUGCAGUAAACCAAACUGUUGAGUCAAUUGGAAUGUAAUUUAUUAAACCUCAUGUAUUUAAAGAGAUAUUUUCUUUAAAAGCCAAGUUAUUUUCUCAUAUACAGCAUUUUAGGAAGCAUGAUUUUUUUUUCUAUCAUCUCUUCCUCCAAGCAUGUUUAAUUAAAGAAAGAAUUAAUAUCUCUUUAGAUAAGCUUUUACUGACUUAAUUGGUUAUGAUAUUUCAAAGCUAAUUCAUGUUCAAGGUGAGCUGUUGUUACCUACCAACAGAUUUCCUGGUCAGGUAUGCAAAUGGUUAUUUUCUUUUUACUGUUGUUAAUUGGGGCGUUCUGUUUAUGAGAAGCAUUAUUCCCAAGAUUAAUAGUGUUCCAUGCACAGUGAAGCACCUAAACACUGCUUGAUGUUAUAAAUUUAAAACACAGAAGUGGAAGUUUAGCUAUGGUUUUGUGCGGCACCACAGUUAUGUCAAUAAAAUUUAUUUAGGUCUUAGAAUAUCCUAAAGUAUCACAUAGUUAAAUUUUUCAGUCAAUGAAGACUGGGAGGGAAUGUCAGUAAAUUGGCUCAAAUGUUCUGUGGCAAUCCACAGGCCUAGCCAAAUGUUGAAAUAGAAGUUUAGGAUAUAAUUUGCUUUGUGAUGUUUGGCAGUCAUUGUUUAUACUUUAAAGGUUAUAUUUUAAGCUAUUUGGGAUUUGCUGUUGGGAGGAUCACUAGAUUUAUGGAGGAAUUAGUCACAAAUGACUUGUAGAAAAUGCUGUCAUAUAUAGUUCAUUUCAUCAUUUUCUGUUGCAGGAAGCCACUCCACCACAGAAUGCUAAUAUGCCAGUGGUACCCAGUACCUCUUGUAUAUAGGUUAUUGCAAAUAUUGUUCUGAAAUGCUUAACUUCAGAAUUACAUUUUUUAAAGUAAAUAAUUGUUUUAAAUCUAUUUUGUAAAGAUAUAAAGUACAAUAGAAUUUCUGGAGUACAGAUUAAACUAUUUGCACUAACACACGUGAUGUGCAUGAUUUAAUAAAAUAACUUUACUCUCCCUAUGCA